CCAUCUCUCUCUCUCUCUGUCUCUCUCUCUGCUGUCUCUGACACGCACGGAGGAAGAGUGUGCAAGUAGUUGUUUGUUGUUGCGGUUAGUUAAAAGGGUGAUAUUGAUGGUCGCAUUGUAAGCAUCGGAAGGAGGAAUUCAGAGCCCAAAAACAAUCAAAUCACUCCCUACAAACUUCCAUACUCUUUCUACUUAAAACUACUUUUCCAAAGCCUCUCUCUCUCAUUCCUUCUUUGGGUUCUUCGAUCCCAUCGCCCACAUUUUCUUGUUCCUUCCACAUUCCCGAACCCCCCAUAAACUCCAAACCAAACUGCCCUUUUUCCUUUCCCAUUCAGUUUCGGAUCUGGGUUGGUCUCCAUUUUUUCUCCCGAUAAUAAAAUGGUGACCUUUGCCGUGCCGUGCCCAAAAGUGGGGUCUCCAUCUGUUGCUCCGGCGGCUCAUAAUUCCCGUCGAUUUCAGCUGCAGAAUGCGAGUCCCAGCUCUUCUCUCUCACUUGCGUUUCUUCAGGGCCGCAACAGUAGGUUUUCUGCUGUCGGGAAGGUGUCGGCACAGCUAAGUAAGGUUACUGCUUCAAAUUCAAAUUCUGUACCUAUACCCGCCACUAAGUCUCAGGUUGGAUCACCGGACGGGAAAGAUGAGUCUCCAAAAGAAAGUACGCCACGUAACAAUGUUCCAGAUCCAUCAUCAAUCUCGGCAUUCAUGGCUCAAGUAUCAGACCUUAUCAAACUGGUUGAUUCAAGAGAUAUUGUGGAGCUGCAAUUGAAGCAAUUGGAUUGUGAGCUUACAUUAAGGAAAAAGGAAGCCUUGGAACCACCACAAGUGCCGAUUGUCCCAACGCCGACUCCUCUUCCUCAUGCCAUGUACCAAUCUCCACCACCAGCAGUAGCCCCAGCAGCUACUACAGCUCCUGCAAGCCCUCCUCCUUCAUCACCAACGCCGGCAUCACCUACCCCUCCAAAGACUAACCAAUCAUCUCACCCACCUUUGAAAUGUCCCAUGGCCGGAACCUUUUAUAGGUCUUCUGCACCUGGAGAGCCACCAUUUGUUAAGGUAGGAGAUAAAGUACAGAAAGGUCAGGCUAUUUGCAUCAUUGAAGCCAUGAAACUGAUGAAUGAAAUUGAGGCUGAUCAAACUGGAACCAUAGCCGAGAUACUGGUGGACGAUGGGAAACCAGUUAGUGUUGACACGCCUCUUUUUGUCAUUGUGCCGUGAGUAACAUGGCAAGGAACUGUCCAAGCUUGCAGGUGAAAACACCGCUUCUCGAGUUUAAUGGCUUUAGUCUACAAGGGUUCUACCAAAACUUACCGUGUUGCAAUCUCUAUUUUAAGAUUAUCUUGUAUUGGUUCAGGUUUUCCUCAUUUUUUUCAUAAAACUUUUCAUUUUUAAGCUUUAGAGGUUGGCAUAUAAUGCUGAAGUUGUAAGGGAUUGAGUAAUGUUGAACAGUUGAGACAAGAGGUAAUGGUGCAUUUCACAGUU